AUGGGUAGAACAGAUAACAUACCAGUACAAGGAGGAGGAGAACAACUUAAUACAGAGUUUAGGUUACAAUCAAACGAAUCACGAAAGAAACAAGAACUAGCUACAGGGCUUACUGACAGAGCUGUACAAAAACAAAGACAAGAACUGUCACAGUUGGAAUCCGAACUCAAUUCAAAAACAGUCGAAGCACGAUUGUUGAGAGAAACAUUAGAACUCACAUCUAGAAACAUACAAAACUUAAAAGACAAGUGCGAGGGGAAACCUAUGGAACAUGUAGCUCUUGUAUGUCAAAGACCAGCAUCGUUAAAUAAUUUCAAGGAAGUUGAACACAUGGUUUCUAAUAACGAACAGUGUUUGAUCGCUUUGUUAAAAACGUUCAAUGAGAAAGGCCGCGCUAGCGGGUCUGAGAUUCAUAAUAAAGAUCGAGAACUCAAGAUAGCCAAUGACAAACUAACACAUCUCAACGAACGUCUUGGUCAAUUAGAAAAAGAAAGUGCUUCACUCAAAAUAGCACUUCAUGCUACUAAGCAAGAAAAAGACGAAAUGCAUUUAAGACCAUUAGUACAAGAGAAAGAUCGAGAACUCGAGGGUAUCAAGAAUAAACUCGCACAUUUUCAGAUUAGAGUUCAACAUGUUGAAGAGGAAAACGCGAGCAUAUCGAACAAUUUAGAAAAGAAGUCUAGAGAAAACGAAGAUUUGAAAACAAGAUUGAGUCAAGUAGCUGGAGCAAAACUUAUGGCAGGUAAUACCAGCAUCGCAGACUUGGGCGAUAAAUUCAGACCGACAAGAAUAGCAGAAUUAUAUUCUGAGCUUUAUGACAAUGAAUGGACAGAAGCAGUUGACGACCUCAGCACAAAAUGGUCUGAGGACAUAAUAGUUCGCCAUUUAUUCAUUAUACUGCAGGGUUGUUAUAGAGCAUGCUGUCAGCUUUCAAGUCAACAAAUGCAAGACUUGGUUCGAAAGUUGUUUUUGGAUAGAUCAACUUCGGAUGUUACACAAUUCCUUAAACAACAUACUACAGAGAUAAAACAAUUGAUGGAUGCACGAAAGGCAAUAGCUAUCAAUGUAGCAUAUGUUAUAAGUAAGGACUUCGAGAAAAACCAUAAAUUUGUUGAAUACUUACAUUCCCAUGGAUGGUUAGACGAAGGGAUUUUACGCCAAAUCACCAAACAGAAGUUUUUUGAAAAGUGUAUUACACUAUCGUGGUUGAUGGCGGUUCAAGAUCCUGAAAUGUACAUGGACGGCGAUGUUGAGCACAGAACUAAGUUUGAUAAGGAUCAUUACAGAGAGUACACAAAAAGUGGACCCCUGUUUCUUUGUAGUAUUUGGCCUGCCUUGUAUCUUCAUAAGAAUGGGCCAUUGAUGAUAAAAGGUGUAGCACAGCGAUUCGCAUGUAAAUGUUCACGACAUCUCUGUAAUGCUUGUAAUCAUGGGCAUGCGUGUAAAGACGAAGCUGGGUUAAUUGCAGAAUCUGGAAAGCAAAGAGACUCGUACAAAGUAAGCAGCAGAACAGAUCCCUGUAUCAUCAAAUAUGUAUGCGACGAGCAUAAGACCGAAUAUAAUAGAUUCUGUGGAACAUGUGGAGAUGUCAUCUGUCAAGACUGCUGUUCUAAUAAACAUGCUGAACAUGACAUAGAAUCGGUCCCUACAGCUUGGACUAAAUGUGCAGCCAUUGUUAGAAGUUUAUUGACUAACCUUAACCAUGACAUUGAAACAGCCGUAAAGCUUGUUACCGACUUAAAUGAUAUUAUAUCUGAUACAGAAAAUAAGAAACAAAUACAAGAUGUAAAAGAUUUGAUAAAGAAAUUUGAAACAACACUUAUUGAUGUUGUCCAGGAAAAACAGAGAGAAGAAAAGAAAACUGUCACGGAAUAUAUCUCAGAGUUGGAAAACUGCAUCAAGGCAUGGGACAAAAACCGAGACAAGUUAGGUCCAGUCGCUAAUGAGAUGAAUUCGGUUCCAUUUUUACUGGGGUUCAGCGAUUAUGUUCAUGAUCAUGAAAACAUGAAUUUUCCUGAAGCUAUUGAGACAAACUUUCUUCCUCAUGAUAGGAUAUUACAUUAUGAGGAAUAUGUGGAAAAGGAUGUAGCGUCCAUGCUAGAAUUCUUAAGCUCCGUUACUGGAGUAUAUGUCGUGUCAGGUGUGGCUAGUCGUGAACCAUCACCGGGACGACUCCAGUACAAUUUGACUGAGAUGCUAGAAACAAUGGACGUUUUGCAUGACUAUUCCAAACAAACUAUAGCAUCUAGCAGUAUUGUUGCUGAACAGAAGAUAUUUGCCAAGAAGGACAAGUUUCAUCAAACUAUUGGGGAUAUUGCUAAUGUCAUCAAAUCCCUCAAGCAGGAAAACAUUAAUGCUAUAGUAGAACAGAAAAGUUUGAUGUUCCAGUUUGAACAAACGAUGGAAGAAAAAGAAAGCAUUCGACAAAGAUUCAUUGAGAUGGCUGGGCGAACGUUAAGUUCUAUAGGUAGUGCUCGUUCGCGUGAUGUGGAAUAUGAUGAACAAGUUAUGCCAAAACAGAUUAUAGAAAUGUUUGGUAAACUAUACGAAGAAGAAUGGAGACAAACAUUGGACAAGUUGUCAAUAACUGGGAGAUGGCAGGCACAUAUUGUUAUCAAGCACUUAUUUCUAGUAAACCAGAAUUGCUAUAAGACCUGUCAAAGAAUAUCAGAUAAUCAAACUAAAGAUCUGAUGUCUGCUUUGUUUGUUAACGCAGAAGACUCAAAGCGACAUACAGCAGAAAUAAAACAAGUCAGGGAAUUUAGGAAAUCCACGUCAACAAUGUGCGCUGUCAAUUUGCAAAAGAUGAUAGUUGAGAAGCCAGAAUUUCAAGCUAAUCUUUUAAAAUGGGACCAGAAGGACUAUGAUCUUCUUUCUGAGAUUUUGAACACACCAUACUUUAACCGAUGUGUUUAUUUGUCAUGGUUAAUGGUAGUCCAGAACCCACCAAUGUAUAUAGACGAAGGACCAGUGAGAAGAUCAUACAUUAACCGGGAUGUCUAUAAGGAAUUCACAAAGAAGGGUUCCAUCAUCGAUUACUGUGUAUGGCCUGCCUUAUACGUGGAGAAAGGUGGACCACUUGGCACGAAGGGAAUUGUUCAAGUUUACUGAACAGAAAACAGAUGGAACUAAAAU